AUGGAAGCUUGGUUAUGGUUUAGUAUAAUGGAAAAAUUAAUUGAAGCCAAAGAAUUUUAUUCGCCAUUUACCCUAAAUUUAUUUUCAAAUUCUCUAAGUACGGCAUUAAAGGGUAAAAAUUUCGAUAAAUCUUAUUGUUGUUAUAAUGUUAGCGAUGAAAAUGUGAAAACAUUUAAUGAAAAUGAACGGAAGUGUGAAACGUUUUCCAGACAAAUACCUAAAAGUGUACCAGAUAAAAUGUUGAUAAAUUCUCGCGAAGAAGAAUUCGUAGAUGAUGACGUGAUGGAAAAAAAAAUUGACGACGAUUUGAAAUUAUUUCCGGUCGUGAAAAAUAAUCAAAUCAUCGAUAAUAGAUUAAAUGAUGAAAAUACAAAAAGUUCAACGGAUUCCGUAUUCGAAGAUAUAAUAAAUCCGAAAAGAAAAUUCGAUGAAAUAAAUGAAAAUUUUAAUAAAAAAAAAUUUUUCAGUUGUAGCGAGUCGGAUGAUAGUUGCAAUGAGAGCAGUAUUAGAAGUAAAAAAUCAAACGAAACGAGGAAAUGUGGUAGGAGAGGGAAAACGCGUCAAGGUAUGACACCAGAAGAAAUAGAAGAAGAAGAAUUGUUAAAUCUAUUGAAAUUAACAAAGAAUAGUUUAAAUGAAAAAAAUUUUUAUUCUAAUCAAUUAUCGAAAUUAUCAAAAGAUAAAAACAAUAAGUUGAAUGUUAAAAAUUCUAAUAAACCAGAAGAAGAAGAAGAAGAGGAAGAGGAGGAAGAAGAGGAAGAAGGAGAAGAAGGGGAAGAAGAAGAAGAAGGAGGAGGAGGAGAAACUUCCAUGGAUUUCGUUAACGAAUUGGAAAAAUUAACGGAAACAAAUGAGAAAACAUUAGGAGAUAAAUGCGUUGAUGAAAAUUACGAAACUCACAUAAAUGAAGUUAUAAAAAGUGCUUUUUUAUUAAGUUCGAGCGAACAUUCUUAUACGUCUAGUAAAAGUGACAAAAACAACAAAAAAAAAUUAAUUAAAAAGAAAAAGUUAAACGAACGUUAUAAAUAUCCUAAAAGAAAUAAAAACUCGGACGGUUUGAAAAAUUUCAGACUUGCUGCGUUUUCCACGAGCAGCAGCAGCAACAGCAGCAGCAGCAGCAGUAGUAGCACCAGCAGCGAUGGAGAAUCCGUACAAAAUAAUAAAAUAAUAUUCGAAACGGAAAGUGAAAUAAGCGAUGAUAAAAGAAACGAAAGCGAAGAAACGAAAAGUACUCGCCGCCAUGAUUCUUAUAAAAGUAGCAAAAAAUCUAAUAUGAGCGAAUGUUCAAAUUAUAGCAGCGAAGAAUCCAUAAUCAGCGAAGGUUUUAUUAUAAGCGAAGAUUCGGAAACGAGCGAAAAAAGAAAUGUCAAGGGAAAACGUAGGGUGUUGUCGGACAGCGAACCGGAAAGUUUAACCGGAAGUACCACCGAUUCAUCGAUAAUUCAAUGCAGUCCCGAUUCGACCUUUCAAAAAUCUCCCAAUAAGGGACGUAAAAACAUAAAGAAAAUUUUAAAAAAGGAAUCGUUGGACAUAAAUACGAAACAAGCGAGAAAAAUGGAAACGGAGAGGAAGAAAAGGCUGAGCGAAAGGCAUAAAAUAUUUGAAAAAUAUUCCGUCAAUUCGAACGAUUCCAAAUUGGUUCUGGAUUUCGAUCCUGAAACCAGAGAAGAAUUACUCGUUGUAGAUGAAAAUUUAGUUUGCAAUUUAAAACCUCAUCAACGGGAAGGUGUUAAAUUCAUGUGGGAUUCUUGUUUCGAAUCCCUUAAAAGAAUGGAAGAAGACAGUGGAUCCGGAUGUAUUUUGGCACAUUGCAUGGGAUUGGGUAAAACACUUCAAGUGAUAACAUUAUCACACACACUUCUCACGAACAACACCGGAGUUCAAUCCAUAUUGAUACUAUGUCCUCUGAGCACAGUUCAAAAUUGGGUCAAAGAAUUUUAUUAUUGGUUGAAAAAAUGUAAGAAAAGGAUAAAAAUAUUCGAAGUCGUCACGUGCAAAACGAAAAAAUUAAAAAUUAAAAAAAUAAAAUCGUGGAAGGAGAACGGUGGGGUUUUGAUAAUGAGCUACAACGGAUUUCGUCUCAUGACGAAUAAUAAAAAAAAUGAAAAUUCAAAAUAUUUAACGGCUUUUUUAAAUCCGGGUCCGGAUUUGGUCGUUUGCGACGAGGGUCACCUGUUGAAAAAUGAAAAAUCAUGUUUGGCCCUAUGCGUGUCACAAUUGAAAACUCUCAGACGAAUCGUUCUCACGGGGACUCCCCUACAAAAUAAUUUAAUAGAAUAUUUUUGCAUGGUCGAAUUCGUCAAACCCAGCAUAUUGGGAACGAAAAGAGAAUUCAUGAACGGAUUCGUUAAUCCUAUUAAAAAUGGCCAAUUCGAAGAUUCCACGCAAUCGGAUGUUAGAAUAAUGAAAAGGAGAGCACACGUUCUUCAUUCUCUCGUCGAAGGAUUCAUUCAAAGAUUCGGAUACUACGUAUUGAAAUCUCUACUUCCGGAAAAACAAGAAUACGUCAUUAAAAUAUGUCUGACGGAAACUCAAGAAGAACUCUAUAGAACGUUCGUUAAAAACUAUGCGAAUUUUUCCGAAAAUAAAUCUCUGUUCAAUACAUUUUCCUGGCUUCAAAAAAUCUGGACUCAUCCCCGUGUUUUCCAUCACGCACUGGACACCGUAUCCAACGACGUGGACAAAACGUCACAAUUCGCAAUGGCGUUCGCGGAUUGUAAUAAAAUUUUAAAAGAAGAAGAAUUCACGGAGAUUCGAGCGAGUGGAAAAUUAGUUUUGCUGUUUCAAAUAUUGAAAAUUUGCCAUCAAGCGGGUGAUAAACUUUUAGUGUUCAGUCAGUAUUUGACGACUCUCAAUCUCAUCGAGUAUUUCUUAAGAUUCGUAAACGAUAAUAAUAAUAAGAAUGAUGAAUGUAACACGUGGGUGACGGGUGUGGAUUAUUAUAGGAUCGACGGUACGACAAACAGUCAAAGUCGUUUCGAUUAUUGUAAAAAAUUCAACGAUAAAAAUAACAAACGUUUAAGACUUUUGCUAAUAUCGACGAGAGCCGGAGGUUUGGGUAUUAAUUUGGUGUCUGCAAAUCGAGUCAUCAUAUUCGACGUGUCAUGGAAUCCGAGUCACGACCUACAGAGCAUAUUUAGAGUUUAUCGUUUCGGACAGAGGAAAACUUGUUACAUUUAUAGAUUUCUAUCGGAGGCGACGAUGGAAGAGAAAAUAUAUCAACGUCAAGUCACGAAAUUAUCUCUCGCGCACAGGAUAAUAGACGAACAUCAAAUCGAAAGACAUUUUUCGAUGGUCAACUUGCAAGAAUUAUUCACUUAUAAUCCCCUGCCGAAAAAUCUAUGGGAAAUCCCCAAAGUCCCGAAGGAUAAUUUACUAGCACAGAUAUUGUCUUCGAAUAGGGAUUUGAUCGUGAGUUAUCACGAACACGAUUCCCUAUUGGAAAAUAAAGAAGAUGAAGAAUUGACUCUGGAAGAGCGACAAGCGGCGUGGGAAGAAUUCGAAAAGGAAAAAUUCGAUAAUAUGAUUCCCGUGCCACCGAACGCUUUUCCAAACGACGUAAUUAUUAAUAAUUAUUAUCAGGGUCAAGGUUGGGUCAAUCCAAAUUUUUUCGUUUUAAAUCAAAAUUCAAAUGAUAUGUGUAAAAUUGUCGACAAACAUUGUGUCGCUUGGCACAUUUCUAUGUCUGUAAUGGCAUCUUGGUGA